AUGUUCGCUUCCAAAUCCAAUUCGGUUUCUCCCUCCCCUUCCAUGGAACAGGCAGAUGCCUAUGCCCUGGACAUCAGCACCAAAGUGCAGUUGUAUGGCGUGCUCUGGAAGAGACCCUUUGGGAGGCAGUCAGCCAAGUGGUCGAGAAGGUUUUUCAUCAUCAAAGAGAGUUUUCUGCUUUACUAUUCUGAGAGUGAAAAGAAAAACUUUGAAACCAAUAAAUAUUUCAACAUCCAUCCUAAGGGUGUCAUACCUCUAGGGGGCUGUCUUGUGGAAGCCAAAGAAGAACCCAAUAUGCCCUACGCAAUGAAGAUCUCUCACCAAGAUUUCCAUGGCAACAUCGUGCUGGCUGCAGAGUCAGAAUUUGAACAGAUCCAGUGGUUGGAGAUGUUGCGAGAAUCUGGCAAAGUAACUUGGAAGAAUGCCCAGCUGGGAGAAGCCAUGAUCAAGAGUCUAGAGACCCAGGGUCUACAGUUGGCCAAGGAGAAGCAAGAAUAUUUAGACAAACUGAUGGAAGAAACGGAAGAGCUGUGUCUUCAGAGAGAGCAGAGAGAGGAGCUUGAACGACUGAAUCAGAUCCUAGAGGCUGAGAAGCAACAGUUUGAGGAAGUGGUCCAGGAGCUGAAGAUGGAGCAGGAACAAAUCAAGAGGGAGUUGGAGUUGACAGCAAGAUGCCUCAAGGGAGUGGAGCAAGAGAAGAAAGAACUGAGGAACCUCACUGAAUCCUUACAACAGACACUGGAAGAACUUUCCAUAGAGAAGAAAAGGACCUUGGAGAUGCUACAGGAGAAUGAGAACCAGCCAGAGAUUCUGGCCAAUCAGAGUGAGCAGCCCCACCCCAGUGGGGGUCUUCAUUGCAACCUGCGUCAGAUAGAGGAGAAGAUGCAACAACUUCUGGAGGAGAAACUCCUUGCAGAGAAGAGGAUGAAGGAGAAUGAAGAGAGAUCUCGGGCUUUGGAGGAGGAGCGGGAAUUCUAUUCCAGCCAGUCACAGGCUCUUCAGAACUCUCUACAGGAGCUAACAGAGGAGAAGCAGCAAACAGAGAGGGACCUCAAGGCUGAGGUCAAGGUCCGAAUGGACUUGGAGAAGAGGCUACGAGAGGCAGAAGGAGCCCUGCGGAGCCUGGAACAAGGGCUCAACUCCAAGGUUCGAAACAAAGAGAAAGAAGAGAAGAUGAGGGCUGACGUCAGCCACCUAAAAAGGUUCUUUGAGGAGUGUAUACGGAAUGCUGAGCUGGAAGCCAAGAUGCCGGUCAUCAUGAAGAAUUCAGUGUACAUUCACAAGGCUGCUACCCGUCGUAUCAAAAGCUGUCGUUUCCACCGCAGGAGAUCUAGCACAUCCUGGAACGACAUGAAACCUUCCCAAUCCUUCAUGACAUCCCAGCUGGAGGCCAACAGCAUUGAGGAGCUCAAAGAAGUGGCCAAGAGACUGAGUCGGGACCAGCGCUUCCGGGAGUCCAUUUACCACAUUAUGGUGUCACAGCCUGGUCCCACUCCUGCCCUGCCCCAGGGAGGGAAGUGAUCUACUGUCUGACAUCCCAUCCUUCCCUGUGCCACCUCCCAUCCCAGGAGGAGCAGGAAGGUCAUCAUCCUUGCUCUGUCUCCAUUUUGGUCAGGAGCACCUUUCUCUCAUUGUGAGAAAAUCCCUACAUUAGUAAUA